AUGGCUGACAACUGGACCUCGCGUUUCCUUCACACUACAGGCAACAGGUCAUCUGUCGAUGAGUCCAAAGCUGAAGCGUCAGGCGCGGAAGAUGAGACGGUCGUGGAGCCCGAUCAGGGAAAUGUCCUUUCACACAUCAUUUCACAGCUCCGUCCCGGAGCAGACUUGAGUCGUGUUGUCCUUCCUACGUUCAUUCUAGAGCCCAGAUCAAUGCUGGAGCGGAUCACAAACUUCAUGGCACAUCCGGAGACGCUACUGCCCAUCUCCACCAUCGAUGACCCCCUCGAGCGGUUUGUCGCCGUUGUCAAGUUCUACUUGAGCGGCUGGCAUAUCAAGCCUCCUGGUGUCAAAAAGCCCCUGAAUCCUGUCCUUGGAGAGACCUUCACUUGCUGGUGGGAUUAUCCCGAUGGCACGCGGGGAUACUACGUCUCCGAGCAGACUUCUCAUCAUCCUCCCAAGUCGAGCUACUUCUUUAUGGCGCCAGAGCACCAUAUCCGGAUAGACGGCACUCUGAAGCCCAGAAGCAAGUUCCUGGGGAACUCCGCUGCCAGUAUGAUGGAGGGUAUCGCUUUCCUGCGUCUACUGAACAGGGGCAGCGACAAGACGAAAGGAGAAAAAUACACAUUGACGCAGCCAAACAUGUAUGCCCGUGGAAUACUCUUCGGCAAGAUGAAGUAUGAGCUGGGAGAUCACAGCUUCGUUCGAUGCCCAGAGAACAACCUGGUCGCAGACAUCGAAUUCAAAACGAAAGGAUACUUCUCGGGUACCUACAACGCGCUUGGCGGAACCAUCAAGAAUGAGAAGACUGGGCAGGUUUACUACGAGCUUUCCGGUUUGUGGAACGGGGAAAUGCAUAUCAAGAACGUCUCGACUGGCAAGAAGGAAUUGCUCUUCAAUGCCACCAACGCAAAAUACACACCACCAAAGACUAGGCCACUCGAGGAGCAGACUGAGCGAGAAUCUCAAAAAUUGUGGUACAACACAGUAAAAGCUCUGAUUGCAAGGAACCACGAUCUGGCAACAACAGAAAAAUCCAAAGUUGAGGAUCGCCAGCGAGAGGAGGCCGCCAAAAGAGUAGACGAAGGAGUUGAAUGGAAGCCUAGACUUUUCCGCCCCGUUAAGGGAGGCCCGGGAGGUCCCGAUGAAGGCGAGGAAGAUCUGGACUGGAUCAUUAACGCACAAGUUGAUUCUCAAAACCCUGAGCUUGCUGUGAAACAGAUUCUUGCUAUCGCGCCGAUUCUCCAGGGGCAAAAGGUUUCCCAUGAGUUCGAGAUACCGCCACGAUCUGCUGGCAAGGAUAAAGCGACGGACGACAGUGGCAAUCCUAUAGACUCUGCAGGCGAGAACGCCGCUCCGGGUCCAGGCGGCCUUUCGCAGGCUCCGAAUGCUGCGUCUCAGGAUCAAGGUGCGUCCAGCAGCAGCUCCGGUCUCGUGGAACUACCGCAGCCCUCCCAAAGUCAACAGCCCGGCAAUCCAUUACAGAGACGGGACACCAACACUAAGGAAGUGGACGAAUUUGUAGAUGCGAAGGAACAAUAG